UCUUAUCAAUGAAUCUCUGAGGGAUCAGUUGCUUGUAACCAUCCAGAAGACCUUCACCUACACCCGGACCCAAGCACAGCAUCUCUUCAUAAUCCUCAUGGAGUGCAUGAAGAAGAAGGAACUGAUUACGGUGUUUCGCAUGGGAUCAGAAGGGCACCAGGACAUUGAUCUAGCCAUCUUGACAGCUUUGCUAAAAGGAGCUAAUGCAUCUGCUCCCGAUCAACUGAGUCUAGCAUUAGCCUGGAACAGAGUAGACAUCGCUCGCAGCCAGAUUUUUAUUUAUGGGCAGCAGUGGCCGGUGGGGUCCCUUGAACAAGCAAUGCUAGAUGCCCUGGUGUUGGACAGAGUGGAUUUUGUGAAAUUGCUCAUAGAGAAUGGAGUAAGCAUGCACCGUUUUCUCACCAUCUCCAGACUAGAGGAAUUGUACAAUACGAGACAUGGGCCAUCUAAUACAUUGUAUCAUCUUGUCAGAGAUGUCAAAAAGCGUGAAUAUCCAGGUUUCGGUUGGAUCUAUUUUAAGGGAAACCUACCUCCAGACUAUAGGAUAAGUCUGAUUGAUAUUGGCCUGGUGAUUGAAUACCUGAUGGGAGGAGCUUAUCGCUGUAAUUAUACUCGAAAACGAUUCCGAACCCUCUAUCACAACUUGUUUGGCCCCAAGAGACCCAAAGCCCUGAAACUCCUGGGAAUGGAGGAUGAUGUUCCCAUACGGAGGGGAAGAAAGACAACUAAAAAACGAGAGGAGGAAGUGGAUAUUGACUUAGAUGACCCUGAAAUUAACCAUUUCCCUUUCCCUUUCCAUGAGUUGAUGGUGUGGGCUGUUCUUAUGAAGCGGCAAAAGAUGGCCCUCUUCUUCUGGCAACAUGGAGAGGAAGCCAUGGCUAAGGCUUUAGUAGCAUGCAAGCUCUGCAAAGCCAUGGCCCAUGAAGCAUCAGAGAAUGAUAUGGUAGAUGAUAUAUCUCAAGAACUGAACCACAACUCCAGGGACUUUGGCCAGCUGGCAGUGGAGCUGCUGGACCAAUCCUACAAGCAGGAUGAGCAGCUGGCAAUGAAACUACUGACCUAUGAGCUGAAGAACUGGAGCAACGCCACGUGCCUGCAACUCGCGGUGGCAGCAAAACAUCGAGAUUUCAUUGCCCACACUUGUAGCCAAAUGCUGCUCACAGACAUGUGGAUGGGCAGGCUUCGGAUGCGUAAAAAUUCAAGCCUAAAGGUAAUUCUAGGAAUUCUACUUCCUCCUUCAAUUCUCAGCUUGGAGUUCAAGAACAAAGAUGACAUGCCUUACAUGUCUCAAGCCCAAGAAUUCCAGCUUCAAGAGAAAGAGCCAGAGGAACCAGAAAAACCAGUUAAAGAAAAAGAAGAGGAGGACAUGGAACUCACAGCAAUGCUGGGACGUGGCAAUGGAGAGUCCUCACGAAAGAAGGAGGAAGAGGAAGUUCACAGCAGGCAUAGAUUGAUCCCCUUUGGACGGAAGAUCUAUGAAUUCUACAAUGCACCAAUUGUUAAAUUUUGGUUCUACACUAUGGCAUACAUUGGGUACCUGAUGCUGUUCAACUAUAUUGUGUUGGUGAAGAUGGAUCGCUGGCCUUCCACACAGGAGUGGAUAGUGAUCUCAUAUAUUUUUACAAUGGGGAUAGAGAAGAUGAGAGAGAUAUUAAUGUCAGAACCUGGGAAGCUGCUGCAGAAGGUGAAAGUGUGGCUUCAAGAGUAUUGGAACGUUACCGAUCUCAUUGCCAUUCUCCUGUUCUCUGUGGGUAUGGUACUUCGCCUCCAGGAUCUGCCACUCAGGAGUGAUGGCCGUGUGAUAUACUGUGUCAACAUCAUUUACUGGUAUAUCCGAUUGCUAGACAUCUUCGGGGUGAACAAGUAUUUGGGGCCAUAUGUAAUGAUGAUUGGGAAAAUGAUGAUAGACAUGAUGUAUUUUGUCAUUAUUAUGCUGGUGAUUCUGAUGAGCUUUGGUGUUGCAAGGCAGGCAAUUCUUUUUCCCAAUGAAGAGCCUUCAUGGAAAUUGGCAAAGAACAUUUUUUACAUGCCAUACUGGAUGAUCUAUGGGGAAGUGUUUGCAGACCAGAUAGACCGUAAGCAACUUUAUGAUUCUCAUACUCCAAAGUCAGCUCCUUGUGGUCAAAAUGAAACAAGAGAGGAUGGCAAAAUAAUCCAACUGCCACCUUGCAAAACAGGAGCAUGGAUCGUUCCUGCCAUCAUGGCUUGCUACCUCUUGGUUGCAAACAUACUUCUGGUGAACUUACUCAUUGCUGUCUUUAACAACACAUUUUUUGAAGUUAAAUCUAUAUCAAACCAAGUAUGGAAGUUUCAGCGGUAUCAGCUUAUUAUGACAUUCCAUGAAAGACCAGUCUUACCCCCUCCUCUGAUCAUCUUCAGUCACAUGACUAUGAUAUGUCAACAUAUAUGCUGCAGGUGGCGGAAACAUGAAGGUGACCCAGAUGAGGCAGACUAUGGGUUGAAACUUUUUAUAACAGAUGAUGAACUGAAGAAAGUUCAUGACUUUGAGGAACAAUGCAUAGAAGAAUAUUUCAGAGAGAAAGAGGAUAGAUUCAAUUCUUCUAAUGAUGAAAGAAUCCGUGUUACAUCUGAAAGGGUAGAGAAUAUGGCUAUGAGACUGGAAGAAGUGAAUGAACGAGAGCAUUGCAUGAAGGCCUCCCUUCAGACUGUAGACAUCCGGCUUGCUCAGCUGGAAGAUAUGAUAGGGCGAAUGGCUACAGCAUUAGACAAGCUGACUGGCCUGGACAGAGGAGAAACCACUAAGAUACGGUCUCGAACAUCCUCUGACUGUACUGACACAGCCUACAUUGUCAGACAGAGCAGUUUCAACAGCCAGGAAGGGAAUGCUUAUAAACUUCAAGAGAGUAUUGAUCCCCCUGGAGAAGAGUCUAUGUCACCAACCUCUCCAACAGUAAUGCCCCGCUUACGAAGUCACUCCUUCUAUGCAGUGAACGUGAAGGACAAGUGUGGGUUGGAGAAGUUUGAAAGUAUUUUUAAAGAAAGAGCAGUGAGCCUUCAUCGUGCUAGUAGCUCUCACUCAGUGUCAAAAGAGCAAAAAGUACCUUUAGUGCCUACAAGCACUCUGUCAAUUGCCCCAGACUCCAGAAGGCCUUCCUCCUGCAUAGACAUUUAUGUCUCUGCCAUGGAUGAACUGCAGUCUGUUAUAGAACCCCUAGACAGUUCAAUGAACAUACUUGGAACUGGAGACCCAGCUCUCCAAGCCCAGAUAGCUUCUAGUGUUCUCUCAAGUAGCACCUAUGUAAGUGGUACUCCUGGUGACAAAAUUUCAGGAAGGAGUAUUGAUUAUGAAGACCCCUCUUCGAUGGAAACAAGAAUUUUUUCUUCAGACUAUUCACAAAUCACAGACAGUCAAAACCCCUGGGAAUCUGACCCUCCCCUGUAUCAUACCUUAGAGCGAUCUAAAAGCAGCAGAUACCUGGCUACUUCCCCAUUUCUUCUGGAGGAACCACCUAUAGUCAAAUCUCAGAGUUUCAUGUUCUCUCCUUCUAGAAGCUACUUUACCAGCCUUGGAGUGCCAGUCAAAACAGCAGAGUACACAAGUAUUACAGACUGCAUAGACACCAGGUGUGUCAGUGCUCCUCAAACCAUUGCAGAAAGGUCCAGCUUCCCUGGAAAUCAUGGAGACAAAAUAGAUGACUUAGGAUGCUGCCACCCAGAAAGAGAAGCAGAACUAAGUCACCCAAGCUCUGAUAAUGAGGAUACCGAAGCCAAAGAAAAAAGAGCAGUUUCCUUGUCUCCUCAAGAUAGUAGCAAUACAUCAAGAACAUUGUCCAAUAAUAUACCACUUCCAAAAAUAGAGCGGGCUAACAGUUACUCUGCAGAUGAAUCCAACUUGUUGUAUGCACACACAAGGAAAAGCUACUCCAUCAGUGACAAACUUGAUAGGCAGCGCAAUGCGACAAGCCUCCGAAAUACGUUCCAGAGGAGCAAGUCAUCCAAACCAGAGAGCAGGGGGGACACCUUGUCUAUGAGAAGACUCUCUAGAACAGGCGCCUUCCAUAGUUUUGAGAGCAAGCACAGUUAG